GCGCACUCGCGCCCUUUAUAAAGGUUGGCGCCGGCGCCAGCUGAUGUCUGUUCAUUUAUGCUGCAGCUGAGCUAAUUUGCCUUUGGAAAAAUGUCAAGACGCAGUUGCCGUAACAGUCUGCAGGAAAGAGAUGAAAACACAGCAGACCAGAAUACCACAUGUCCAAGGAAGAGAAAAGCUGAGCAAUGCAAAAGAAAAACUCCAACAGCCAAGAAACAAAGUUAUGAAAUUCAGAACCGGUGGGAGGAAGGAGAUGUUAGCCCGUGUGUCCUUGUCGAAACGCCUCACAAGGAACUUGAAGAGACAAGUAACUUGUCUGGUUUUAAACACUUCCGGUUCAAGAAUCUGUUCAUCAAGCCCUCUCCGCUGCCUUGCCUCAGCUGGGCCAGCUCGGAUGAUGUGUGGAUUAAGAUGCUGAAUAAAGAACUGAAGUACAUCCACGAUAAAACCUUCAUGCAGCAGCACCCCAGCCUGCAACCAAAAAUGAGGGCCAUUCUCCUUGACUGGCUUUUAGAGGUGAGUGAGGUGUAUACGCUUCACCGUGAGACCUUUUACCUGGCUCAGGACUUCUUUGAUCGCUUCAUGCUGACUCAGGUAGCCAUUGGGAAGAACCAGUUGCAACUCAUUGGCAUUACUUCACUGUUCAUUGCAUCUAAACUGGAGGAAAUCUACCCACCAAAGCUUCAGGAGUUUGCAUAUGUCACAGAUGGUGCCUGUGAUGAAGAUGAAAUCCUUGAAAUGGAGCUGAUAAUGCUGAAGGCAUUAAACUGGCAUCUCUGUCCGGAAACUCCCAUCUCUUGGUUGAAGCUUUAUGCUCAAGUGGGCUCUCUGAAGGAAGGACCAAAUUUUCUUGUGCCUCAGUUUUCUCAGGAAACCUAUAUACAAGUGACUCAGUUGCUGGAUCUUUGUAUACUGGACAUUAACUCGUUAGAUUACCAGUAUGGAGUUCUGGCUGCUGCUGCAUUUUGUCAUUUUACCUCAAUUGAAACUGUGCAGAAAGUAUCUGGUCUGACAUGGGACAGUAUAUCCAGCUGUGUGCGUUGGAUGGCCCCCUUUCUGAGGACUGUGAAUGAAUAUGGCCAGCCGAAACUGAAGGACUUCAAAAAGGUUGCAGCGGAGGACCGGCACAACAUCCAAACUCACGUGGACUAUCUGUCCAUGUUGAAUGAUGCUCAGCAGCGACAGCAGGAGAACCUGGACCGAUUGUCUCCAGUGGCUGUAGGAGGCCUGCUGACUCCACCCAAAAGCACAGAAAAGCCCACUAAUGUGUGAAAGACUAAAGAACAAACUGUUGUUCCUGUUUCUGAUCCACACCACCUGGCAGUCAACAACACAAGCAUGCCUUUCUCUUUAUGUGCAAAGGACGUCUGGACCCACAUGCAGUUUCAAAACUUCCAGAACUGGGUUUGUUUAACAUCAUUGUUGAGUAUGAGAAUGACCCAAGGUGCUGUGUUUUGAAAAGAAAAAAAAAAACAAAAAAAAAUGGUGGUCGUGACCUCACAGGAUGGCGUUCAAAGCCGUGACGUGUGCCUUUCAUCAAAGACUCUGAAUAGAAGAUUGUUUACAAGUAUUUAAGCCCUAUACAAGAUUUUAAGGCUUUCAUUUCUCAAACAUACCCAGAGCAAUGCAGUGUUAUAUUCUAGAUUGCUCGUUUUGUAGGAUUAUUGUGUGUUUGUCUUAUUUUAUUUUUCUAGCUGUAUGAAACUGUGUGUGAUGAAUGUUCAUGGACUAAACUAUGUUGCCAUAGGAUUUCUAGUCAGUGCUGCUCUAAACCUCUGGUCAUUGUGAAGCUGAACUGCAGCAUGGAGACAUGGAAGCUGGUGUGGAUGAGUUGAGUCAUUCUCACACACGUGCUGCAUUGUUUGAAUUCUUAUUCUUUAGGAACAUGUUCCUUAGACUGGCUAUUAUUUCACUCUGAAAGAAGUUUGAUGAAUUUAGAAUUGCAAAAGUAUUUGCAUAUUUAUGGUGCCACCUUUCUAUCUUAAAUUUAUUGAAUUUUCAUGAUGCUAUGAAUUUCAUUUCAUUCUGUUGCCAAAGGCAAAUAUUUAAUUCAAUGGGUGCUUAUUUAUGAAAUAUUGUAAGACGCAGUAUUGUGCUGGACCUUACUUUUGUAGCAUAACUUGAUUAUAUAUUUUGGUUUUUUUAACUCUCAGAACUGAGAGCCAAAUACCGUGCCUGUAAAGUAGAUGGUGUAAAACUGUAUAUAAGAGAAUAUGUGUACAUGUGGUAAUGUCAAGACAUGACUUCCCUGUCUUAGUUGUUAAAUAUGAAAUAUUAAAACCUUGAUAGCAA